AUGCUAGUACUUCAUUACCUCUUAACACUUGGGUCAAUUUCUCAUGUACAGCCUGGACCUCGAGAUGGAUUAAUCCAAUGUUUCAUAAAAAGGGACAAGUCAAAGCAAACUUAUCAUCUCUACAUGUCCUUUUCGAUCUCUGCUAUGCUCGAUGAUAAUGGGAAGUUCCUACUAUCAGCUAAAAGGAUUCGACACAUGACCUACAAUGGCUACACCAUUUCUAUGGAUUCUAAAAAUAUUUCCCAAUCAGGUAGUGGCUACAUUGGAAUGUUGAGAUCAGAUUUCUUUCACCGCAAAUUUAUCAUAUAUGACACACAGCCGCCAUACAAUGCUCCGACACUUCGCACACAUGAACGGAACUGUCGGCGAUUCUCCUCAAGGAAAGUUUCCCCAAAAGUUUCGAUGGGUAGCUACCCCAUUGCUGAGGUGAAGUAUGACUAUAAUGUGUUGGGCGCCCGUGGGCCAAGGCAGAUGCAAUGCACUAUGCAGUCCAUCCCAACAUCAGCAGUAGAGUUUGGGCCGCAAGACGGUGAUGGUGCUGGGGACAAGGAGGAGAUGCUCUUGGUUCUUAGAAACAAAGAACCAAGGUGGCACAUCCAGCAGCAGUGCUGGUGCCUCAACUUCCAUGGGCGGGUCACGGUGGCCUCUGUCAAAAACUUCCAGCUGAUAGCUGCCCCGACGCCAGCAGCUACAGGAACGGCGGCUUCUGCACAGCCCCUUCCUGCCAGUCCGUCAUCUUCAUCAUACAACCACGACACUGUGAUCCUGCAAUUUGGUAGAGUCUCCAAGGAUACCUUCACGAUGGACUACCGGCACCCGCUGUCGGCCUUUCAGGCUUUUGCCAUCUGCUUGACCAACUUCGACACCAAAGUUGCAAAUGCAUAAAAAGGGUGAGGUAAGCUUCUUUUUUUGAAGUUCGGGGUGAAGAUAUAUAUAUCUGGUUAGAGAGACAAGAUGGGGAAGCUUGGGUUAUGUUGUGAUUGUCGUGGGCUAUGUAUGAUAUGAAAUGUGAAGAUAUUCAGCUCAAUGUUAUAUUUCACGGUCGAGUUUUCCAGAUCUGCUGAAUCUGUCAGCAUUAUAUUAUGUAUUUAUUUGGCCAAGCUAUUGACUGAUGUGAUU